CACCAAACCUGAAGGGGCUCAUUUCUUUUCGAAUUCUGAACCUCCCAAACCUGUCGCUCAAACGUCAGAUAGUAGUCAUAUCCAUCCUCAGAUCAUCGUAGAAGAGCUUUGGACAUCCAGGCACAAUCGCAAGAGAACCAAGGAACUACCAGAAGCUGACGGAGGACUGACAAUCUCGAGGCCUGCGAAACCGGAGGAAACUAUCUCGAGGGUCUUCCAAGGGUUCACCGCCUGAACGAAGUUCUCCUGCUGGCACCACAGCAAGGUACAGUGAGGAGGAGAUCUCGAGGCUUGGUUGUUCCCAGUCACACACCCAUCACUUGACAGAGGAAACCUAAAGACGGAGUAGCCGUGUCUCCUCGCCCUCACGGCCAUAUCUCUCCUUACUCCGCCUUUAAUUUAUCUCUGUCGUGUGAAGGGCUGAGAGGACUGCUUUUAUUUUUCCUUGUCCGCGAAGAUGGCUGCUCCGUCAGGUCUUCGGAACAGCGCGCCACUGGCAACGCUAGCCAAUCUCACUGUCGGAUUCUCCGCGCCACGUGUCGUCUCCGUGGCUGCUCCGACCAGCAGCGCUCGGCUCGCUACAGUGGCUCGCGCGUAUGACUUGAAAGCCGGCGGUGGCAGCCAGGAGGGCAGCAGCAGCAGCGGCAAUACCAACACCAGCAGCAGCACCACCAGCACCAGCAGUAGCAGAAGUGGCGGCUUGAACAGCAACAGCAGGGGCAACAGCAGAAGCAACAGGUCUGACGGCGGAAAUCAGAGCGACGCCAUGGCGGUCGGGGAAAUGAGCGUCGGUAUGCCAGGGAAAGUGCCUGCCUAUGGGCUCGGCAAUGGCGUGGAUUAUCACUUGGAGCACGACACGUGGCAAUGGGGCCCGAUAAGGCCCCCGCAGCAGCAGCAGCAGCAGCAACAGUACCAGCAGCAGUAUCAGCAGCAGCCUGCGUCGCCGCCGCAACCCCCGCCGCUUCAGCUGGGGGGUCUAGACCCCGAGGGGUGGCAGCCGUGGGGCGUCGAUCGCCAGCAGCAGCAGCAGCAGGCAGUGAUGCAGCAGUCGCAGCCGUCUUACGGUGUUUGGUCGUCUCGUGGAGUUUACCCGCCUUCUCCAUCCAACGCGAACCAGCACCACCAGCAGCAUCAGUUUCCGUCGUCGCUGCGUCAGAAUCACCAAGCCCAUCUUGAGCCUCCUUCGUCGCCGUCGCUGUCCCCAUCGCUCGGCCCUUCGCACGUGAUGUCGCCAUCCCUGUCGCCAUCGCUGUCGCCCGCCGCGAUGUCCUCUCGCCCAGCGUCGCAGCCGUACUAUCGCACACGCCUGUCGGAGCCAGCGGCGUCUCCACGUCAGCAGCAGCCCGCGCUGAUGUGGCAUGACGUCAUGGCAGAGCUUGUGCGUCGCGGGCAGCUAACGACAGCCGUUGAUGUGCUGGAGCAGGCCGUCGCCGACGGCACCCAGUUCGAGCCGGUCUCACCCCUCUCCCUAUCCGAGCCACCAAAUCCCGCCUCCACUUCGGCCAAUUCUUCCGCAUCCAGCGCCGGAUUUGACGGCGCCCUUUCUCCCAGCAUCGCGGCGGUGCGCGGUCUGUUCGCGGCGCUGCAGAAGGCGGGCGGCCCGGCGGAGCAGGACAGCUGGCAGCGCGAGGGGCGGCACCUCUUGGGGCUCGCGUCGCGGGCUCUGGAUGCAGUAGCGGCUGCGGGGUGGAGGGACCCUCUGCCGUUCACGUGUCUGAUCGCCAUGCUGCAGCGCGCGUGCCGCUCGCACGAGCUGCUCUCAUCGGUGGAGCGGAUGCGCGCACUUGGCGUGCCCGUGGACGCGUACACGCUCACCACCGCACUCGGCGCCGCCAUGCGCGUCGCUGACGUGGUCGCAGCGGAGGGAAUCUGGACCGAAAUGACCGCCGCUACAGCCGCCACAGCCCCCGCGGCGCCCUCUGCCGUGGCGUUCACUAUGAUGAUGUCGCUGUACGGCCGCGCCGGCCGCCUAGACGACGCGCUGCGAAUGUUCCGCGAAAUGAAGGUCGCGGGAGUGGCGCCGGACGGCAAGGCCUAUUCAACGUUGAUCGGCUCCCUCGCGCGCGCUUUAAGAGCCGAUGACGUGGAGGAAUUAGUCCGCGAGAUGAUGGAGUCUCCUUCCGCUUCCGCCGCCGCCGCAGGUGGCGCCGCGGGAUCGGGCACGUCUCCCUCGCAGCGCGUGCCGCCUUCAGUGUACACGAGCCUCGUCAGCAUGUACGGGCGGCUGGGGCGGCUGGAUGACGUGGCGCGCGUGCUGCGCGACAUGCGCGCGCGCAAGGCGCAGGCGGAGCAGAGCCUGUUCGUGGAGGCGGUGAAGGGGUGCACCGUUGCGCAGCGCAAAGCCACCGCCGCCGCCGUCGCCGCACAACAGAGCGGCGCAAACGGCGCAAUCGGGGGAAAGCAGCAGUUGGGGAGACGACUUGUGGAAGAGACGAGCAGUAGUAGCAGCAGCAGCAGCAGCUGUGUUACUAGCAGUACCAGUGGUAGCAGCCACGGCAGCAUAGGGGUAAGCAGCAGCGGGAGUGACGACGGCAGUGACUCUAGCAGCAGUGCUAGUAGCGAGGAGAUCUGUUCCCGCUCCAAUAGCAGCAUCAGCAGCACCAGCAGCAGCAGCUUUGAUUCAUCUGGUUCCCCUCCUUCGGACUCGGCACUUUCCAGGUCUGCGGGAGACCUGAAAGGCGCAAGCGCCGGGGCAGAAGCAGCCGCAGCGGAGCGGGAAGCCGCGAUGGCGGCGGUGGCAGAAACAGCAGCGGCGACGGCGGCGGCUGUGGCGGAAGUGGUGGCGGAAAUGCGCCUGCUGGGGUGGCGCCCUGAUCCCGCUCUCCUCCGGAACCUCCUCUCCGCGCCCUCCCCCCAGUCAUCCCUCCGCUCCUCCCCGCCUUCCCCCCAGUUACAGUCCGCGCAGACAGGGGACGCAUCCGCAGAAGAAGCUGGCGCAGGGACAAGGGUGGGGACGGGGGGAGCGGGAUUUGAUAGGGGUGGGGAAAGGUCACGGGGGACUGGGGCAUGGCAGGUGCAGGCUCCGCAGGGGGGCGGAGGAAACAGGGUGGGCGGAACGGGCGGAGGGGGGAUGAAGGGGCGCGGGGGACAGAUUUGGCGGGAAGGCAAUGGUGGAAGAAACGGAUGGGCCCUAGGUGGGGGAGCUGGCGGAGGCGGAGGAGGGGGAGAAAGGGGAAGCCCCUCGGCCCCCGUCCAAUCAGAGUACUCGUGGUUCUCCCGCAUUCUGCAGUGCAAGCGGCAGCGCAACUUCCAGGAAGCAGCGCGGGUGUAUGAGCGGAUGCGGGCGGCGGGGGUGAGGCCACAGCAGCAGACGCUGAGCCUGGCGAUGGAGGUGAUGGGCGAGCUGGGGAACGUCAAGGGCGCGGAGAGGGCACUCGAGGAGGCGGAAGCUGCUGGCACGCCUGUUGACAUUGUGUGCUUCAACACUCUCCUCAAUGUGUACGCCAAGGCUGGCCAGUCCAGCCGUGCGCAGUCGGUGUUUGAUCGCAUGCACAAGGCGGGUGUGCACCCAAACACGCGCUCGCACACCGUGCUGCUCAAGGCGCUCUCCAAGGAUGGCCGGGGCAAGGAGGCUGUUGCUGCGUUUAGGGCCAUGGAGCGCACCGGAUGCCACCUGGACGAGAUCGCGUACAACACGGUGAUCAAUGCGUGCGGCAACGACCUCCCAGUGGACGAGACCCUCCGCCUUCUCCGCGCCAUGCGGCGCAGCGGCUACCGCCCCAACCUCGUCACGCGCAACCUUGUCCUCUCGCUCCUAGUCAAGGCUGGCCGCACCGCUGACGCCAGCGAGCUGUUUGAGGAGGCGAGGGUGGCGGGGGAGGAGGACGCAUUUAUGUAUUGCACGAUGGCGCACGCGUAUGGGCGGAGGAGGGAGCUGGAGCGCAUGGAGGGGGUGCUGGGGACGCUGCGGCGAGAAGGAUGGUGUCGCUGCCGCUGCUGAAUGCGUGCAUGGAUGCGUACGGCAAGGCGGGGCUGCUCGCCAAUAUGGAGACGUGUUUGGCGCGGAUCCGGUCGUUUGAGUUUGUGCCGAACCACACCAGCUUCAACAUUGUGAUCCACGCCUAUGGCAUGGCGGGCAUGAUCCCCGAGAUGGAGGACACCCUCACUCGCAUGCGCCGCAGCGGGCUGCGCCCGGACGUGUACUCGUACAACAUCCUCAUCGGCGCGUAUGGGGAUGCCGCCAUGCCGUAUGCGUCGGUGCGCAUGGUGCAGCAGAUGCAGGCUGAGGGGCUGCUCCCUGACCAGGUCACCUACCAGAACCUUGUGUCUGCGUUUGAGCGCGCAGGCGACUUCCUGGAAGCUGCGCGCUGGUCCCUGUGGAUGAAGCAGGCGGGCUUCUCCCCUUCCGCAUCAAGCAUCAGCAGUGCUGCUGCCAGUGCUGGCAGUGACGGUGUCAGCAAUGUGACUGCCAAUCGUGGCAAUAGCAGUGGGAGCACAAGCAAAGCAGGUGGUGGUGGUAUGAGUGCGGCCAAGUCUGGUGGCAGCUCUGGCCUGCCAGGAGCAGGGGAGCUGCCAAGUGAGCUGCUGUGAUUUGAGCUGCCUUUAGUGCAGCUGCAGCUGCUGUGAGUGGAGCUGAAGCUGCUGUUACUCUGGCUGCUGUUACUCUAGCUGCUGUGAGAACUAGCUGCUGUGCCUGGUGGGUUGUUGGGGGCUGCAAGGCCCCACCUGGACGUCUCAAGUGGAGCGGAGGGGACACAGAUGAGAGCAAACAGCUAAACCAUGCAUGGUGGCUUGCUUGCUCAUCUUUUAUGCGAGCAACAAUGGGGGAUGACAAAUGCCCUGUGGAGCCAUAUUGUCCUGGAGCCACAGCCAUAGAUCGACCUUAGGUGGUCACCAUAGCUCCUUGGGUGCUCGACUUCUCGUCGUGCGGUGGUUAGGAAACACGAGUGUAGGUUACAGACGAGAGUGCUCUAGGUGGAGGUAUUUGGGGACCGGAGGGACUCAACCAGAGGACUCAACCAGGACUCUCCACCUUGCUAUGCUGGCAACCUGCCUCUCCCCUCCCUGCCUUGCUUUGUUGCCUGUGUUGCUCUGUUUCCCUUGGCUGCCUGUUGUUUUGCUGGCUGCCUGUUGUUUUGCUGGCUGCCCCCAGCCAGCCUGUUGCCCCCUGCUGCUCCUGCUGCCAUGAUCCCUUGGUGCAGAGGGGUGGCUCUUUGAACCUCCCUGUUCUCCUGGUCUCCUUUCAGCCUGCCUUGCUUUCCUCUCUGCUGGCCUUUCAGUGAAGUCGGGUGAAUAGAUUUGCAUAGCAUAGGAGUCUUGCGCAUAGAGUUUAGGAUGGCUGUCAUGUUAUAAGGUGAUGUACUUUCUCGCUAUUAGUGAAAAAU